AUGACCGAUCCCGAUGGAAAUCUAAACUGCGUGACAAAAGUCGGUAUGGGCGGAGAAGUUCCACGAUCUUACUACCUCGAUGUCAAGCCUGAUCCGACCAAUAAGAAAACUUUUACCAUAUCCAGGGGAUCCAAAGAGCAAUUGGAGAUCCAAAUUAAACAAGCCGGAGCAAUCCUGAAAUGGGAUUUUUAUACGGAAGAAGGAGAUCUAGCAUUUGCUGUGUACAGGAAAAAAGGCAACGAAUUGAUUCCGAUCGUUUCUCACGACCGGAUAGAUUGUGACGUAUCACCGGAAGAGGGAGAAAUUCGGUGCGAUUACAGUGGUGUCUAUGUAGUCGAAUUCGACAACAGCUACAGCUACUUCCGCUCAAAGAAGAUUUGGUUUUCCAUCACGGUUUAUAACGAACGAAUAGAGAACACGGAACCGUUUCAACCUUAA